AUGCCCCCUGCGGCCACAACUAACCUGGGGUACACCCCACCAGAUGGAGGCUGGGGCUGGGCUGUGGUCUUUGGUGCCUUCAUUUCCAUCGGGUUCUCCUAUGCCUUUCCCAAAUCUCUCACCAUCUACUUCAAGGAGAUUCAGAUGUACUUCAGUGUCUCCUACAGUGAGAUUGCAUGGGUGUCCUCAAUCAUGCUGUCUGCCAUGUACGCAGGAGGUCCAGUGAGCAGUAUACUGGUCAACCGCUAUGGUUGCCGAACUGUGGUUAUCAUUGGUGGGCUCAUGGUUGGGGCGUCUAUGGUUGCUGCUUCCUUUGGCACUACGAUUAUACAUCUGUAUUUAUUAGUUGGAGUCAUUGGAGGUUUUGGCCUCUCUUUCAACCUACAGCCUUCCCUUACAAUCAUAGGAAAGUACUUCCAGGUGAAAAGGCCAGUGGCAAACGGCCUGGCCAUGGCAGGAAGUCCAGUAUUCCUCUCCACUCUGGCUCCACUCAAUCAGUUCCUGUUUGAUAACUUUGGAUGGAGGGGAGCCUUUAUGAUCCUGGGAGCCAUAGUGAUGAACUGCUGUGUUGCUGGGGCCCUGAUGAGACCCGUUAACAUGAAAACAGUCCAAAAACAUCCUGUCACAGCCUCCAAAGGAACAACUGCCAAGAAGGCUGGGUCCACUGAGAACAACGCUAACCCUGAGGCAGGGGACCUUCUAACUGAAACAGAGCAGAAGCAGAAGAUAGGUGGCUGUGCAGACAAAUUAAUGGAUCUCUCUCUCUUUAAACACAGAGGAUUCAUCAUCUACCUCAUAGGCAAUGUGGUCAUGUUUUUUGGCUUCUUUGCUCCAGUGGUCUUUCUCCCCUCAUAUGCCAAAGGUAUUGGGAUUGAUAACUACCAGGCCGCUUUCCUUCUCUCCAUCUUUGCCUUUGUGGACAUGUUUGCCAGGCCAGGAACCGGCCUCAUCGCCAACAUCAAAUGGAUUAGACCCAGGAUCCAGUACUUCUUCAGUUUCUCUGUGGCGUACAACGGUGUGUGUCACCUCCUCUGCCCGUUUCUUGCGGUAUACCUGGGGUACGCAGGCCUGGUGGUUUAUGCUGUAUUCUUUGGUGUGGCGUUUGGGAUGGUGUGUGCUCUGCUCUUUGAGGUCCUGAUGGAUUUGGUGGGAGCACAGCGGUUCUCAAGCGCUGUAGGACUGGUCACCAUCCUCGAGUGUGGCCCUGUGCUUCUGGGUCCCCCAAUUUCAGGGUUUUUGGUGGAUGUCUUUGACGACUACAAAUACAUGUAUUGGGCAUGUGGUGCCAUGAUGCUGGCACCUGGCAUCUUUCUCUUCAUCAUGAACUACUUCAAUUACAAACAACUGGACCAGGAGGUGAGGGAGAGACAGAGUGGAGCCAUUGGGAUGCAGUCUGUUAAGCAGUCUGUAGCGGAGAAGGCAGAAGCAAGGAAGAAGGAGAUGAAAAUGACUAAGGAUGAGGAAAUGGCAGAAGGGACUAAGGGGUUUAUUAAUGGGUUAUUGUUGAUGUUUAUUAUUUAG